AUGAUGGCGGUCGGUAGCUCUCUCAACCCUAAGACCACUCACUACGAGUUCAAUGGCCCACUCGGCACUCUGCUCAUGUCCCUGGGCCUCCCCGGCGUGGUUAUAGGCCUCUAUCUACUGUGUGGACGAGAGACCUGCUCUCUGGGCGCCUAUCCGUCUCUGCCGCAGUGGAAAGACCUCUUUCAUUCUCACGCUUUCGCCGUGUUUGUCGCCUGGUUCAUCUUCCAGCUCCUGCUAUCUCUAUUCCCUAUUGGGAAGGUCGUAGAAGGCACCAAACUUCGCGAUGGGAGUCGGUUGACCUACAGACUCAACGGAUUAUUCGCCUUCGUCGUAUCUCACGUGGCUUUUCUGGUGGCUUACUUCUACUUCGGCGUUCCGGUUUCCUUCGUGUAUGACCACUACCUAGCGUUGACCGCCGCAUCAAUUGUAUUCUCUCUCGUUCUUUCCCUCUAUCUCUACCUGCGGUCGUUUAGACACGGUGCUCUCCUGGCGCUUGGCGGCAACUCGGGAAGCGUCGUGUACGACUGGUUCAUAGGAAGAGAGCUCAACCCUCGCAUCGGUUCGUUCGACUGGAAACUGUUCUGUGAGAUGCGACCGGGACUCAUAGGCUGGGUCCUCAUCAACUACUGCAUGCUGGUGAAACAGUACGAGAUGUAUGGAUACGUCACUACCUCAAUGGUCCUCGUGUGCUUUUUCCAGUCGUGGUACAUUCUCGAUUCGUUCUGGUUCGAAGAGGCUAUUCUCACGACAAUGGACAUCGUCCACGAUGGAUUUGGGUUUAUGCUUGCUUUUGGGGACCUUGCAUGGGUACCAUUUACCUAUACCCUACAGGCUCGCUAUCUCGUGGAUCACCCGACUUUUCUCUCAUACUACUCUCUGUUUGGUAUUAUAGCGCUCAACCUUGUGGGUUACGUAAUCUUCCGGGGGUCCAAUUCGCAGAAGGAUGUGUUUCGACGCGACCCCAACCACCCCCGAGUGAGCCACCUCAAAACGAUGCCCACAGAGAGAGGAACGAAGCUAAUCAUAUCCGGUUGGUGGGGACAUCUGCCGUCACCCUAA